UUUUUCUUUUUCUUUUUCUUUUUCUUUUUCUUUUUCUUUUUCUUUUAUAUAUAUAUACAUAUACAUAUAUAUAUACAUAUUAUGACUAUGUAUUCACCUUUAGUGCUUACACAGCCUCAGGAACAAACGUUAGGAGCUAUCUUUGAUACCUUUCUUGGCCCACUUACUGACAAAGAAGAAGAACUACAACAGAGAAUCAAGGGUAAAGAAGAUAUCUAUGAAGUCACGACAGCACAAGCCCAUCAACUUGCUCAACUCUCUGCUAGUUCUUUAAAGGUCACAAGCAUAGUGACUGAGUUUAUGAGCCAUUAUGUGCCUCCUGAGAAACGAGGAGAUUUACUACGUAUCUUGGAUCUCUUGGGAACACAGGUGGGGACUUUGUUGCUCACUGGGCAUUGGAGGCAACAGUUCGGGGCCUUGACACAAAGGAGCCGUGAACAAGUGAUGUUGCAAUGGAAGAACUCCAACGUGAAGCCAUUACGUCAUCUAUACAAGACAUUCUCUAGUCUGUGUCUCUUUAAUGCCUAUAGUCAAAGGGCCUCACCUUUAAUCAAAAGUAUUGGACAUGAUGGUGCCUCUGGUGAUGUCUUUUUUGAAACUCAUCCCGAUUAUGAUCCAAUUGAACAUGAACGGAUUCCAAUCAUGAGCAACAUUCAAAAUAAUAAUAGUUUCACCGUGGAUGUGGUGGUAGUAGGCAGUGGUGCAGGUGGAGGUGUGGCUGCAGCUGAAUUGGCAAAAGCGGGAUAUACAGUGUUAGUAAUCGAAAAGGGACGCUAUUUUCAUCAAUCAGAGAUAGUUCAAGCUGAAGAAGAGUGUUACAAGAAUAUGUAUGAUACAGGAACGGCCACAUUAUCUACGAAUGGAUCCAUUCAAUGUUUGGCGGGGUCAACGAUGGGUGGAGGAACAGAGGUGAACUAUCUGGUCUCUUUAAAGCCCCAGCAUUUUGUACGAGAAGAGUGGGCAAAACAAGGCUUGCCUUAUUUUAUUUCAUCACAGUUUAAUACAGAUCUUGAAGCUGUCUUUCAACGAAUUGGGGCAAGUCAAGAUAACUUUUUAGAUACAAAGACAACUCAAAAGUUUGAGCAAGGAUGUCGUGAGCUUGGUUAUCAUAUUGAAAAAGUACAUGUGAAUACAGGAGGAAAAGCACAUUACUGCAGUCGGUGUAUGAUGGGAUGUAAAUCAGGUAUCAAGAAUAGUACAACUAAUACUUGGCUCAAGGAUGCUCUUGAUACUGGCAGAACAAAAUUCCUUGAUCAAACACGCGUUAUUCGUAUCUUAACGUCUGGACAGAAAGCAACAGGUGUAGAAUGUCAACUACCAAACCAACAAGUCAUCAAGAUUAGAGCCAAAAGGGUGAUUGUUGCCUGUGGAGCACUUUGUACGCCUAGUUUAUUAAGAGCGAGUGGUCUACGUAAUCCUAACAUUGGACGGCAUUUACGGCUUCAACCUAUCCUAUUUACUUUUGGUGUUUAUAAUGAAACGAUUCGACAGUCAGAUGGACAAUUAAUUACACGCGUCUGUAACGCCUCUGAUAAUGUCCAUGGUGACUAUUAUGGAGCUAAAAUUGAAGAAGGUGUAACACUUCCUGGAAUGUUAGCCACAUUACUCCCUUGGUAUGGGUCUGCACAGCACAAAAGUUUGAUGUUGAGACAUAAAUCAAUUCUUUCACUUCUUAAUGUUGUUCGUGAUAAGGAUUCAGUAGGGGCUGUCAAAUUUGAUUCUCAUUCUUAUUUUAAACUGAAUGGAAGUCCAGUAUAUGACUAUUCACUUUCUAAACAUGAUGAGCAGUCAAUGAUGGUUUCAGCUGAACGAGCUAUAAAAAUCUUGGUAACCUCAGGAGCACGCGAACUCUAUACGAGUCAGGCGAAUGUAUUGCCCUUUGAAUUUAGAGAAGAUGAAGAAAGCUGUAUCGAUAAUCCCAGGUUUAUAAAAUGGUUAGAAGAAGUACGUAAAGCAGGAGUAAGUGCUAUUUCGACCCCACUUGCAUCCGUACAUCAACUAGGUUCAUGCCGCAUGGGAACACAUCCUAAAUCAUCUGUUAUUCAACCUACAGGUGAAACAUGGGAAGUAAAGAAUUUAUUCAUUGUCGAUGGGUCUGUAUUCCCAACAGCAGUAGGUGUAAAUCCAAUGGUAACAAUUGAAGCUAUUAGUUUAUCUAUUUCACGUCAAAUAGUGGCAUCUUUGAAUCAAAAUUGCCACUUAUAAUGAAUAGCAUGAAGAGACUUUAGUCCUUUUCUUUUGCAAAUAAAUAAAUUUUAUUCGAUUAUUGCAGUAAAAAUAUAUAUAAAUAUAUA